AGUACAUCAAUUACAUAGAUGUCAUGUAAUCAUCAUCAAGAACAAGUAUAUAUGGAUUAUAUGAGUAUCAUGUAAUCAUCCUCACAAGCAAAUUGAUUUAUUGUGCCAUCAUGUAAUUAUCAUUAAAUAUUUAUCAUCAUGAUUCAUCAAAUUGUCCAUAUGAUAUAAUGUGCCAUAUUAUGAAUAUUAUUAUUAUACUUUUUGUGGACAUAUAUAUGUAAAUGUAUAUGUCUAUGAAUUAUUCUACAAUUCUAGCGUGGUACCACUCAGCGGUUUCGCUGAGCGUGUGGUUUGUAUUUUUUCGUUGACUACACGUAGGUAACAAGAAGACAAUGAUGGAACCUUUCCCGGAGGGCAUUGAGUCAGAGGAGAUACAAGGAUGGCAGGCAAUGUUUGGUCAAUAGAUUUUAAAAUGUGUCAUGAUUUGAUUAUUAUUGUACUUCCGCAUUACUCUGAAAAUAUUUUUAAAAGGGUCGCGAUCCAGAGUCUGUAAAUUUAAUAUUUAUAAGUAAUUGUCAUUUUCAAAUGUCAAGCGAAAUUUUUAUUUAACUCUUGUUUCACCUUAAUUUGUGUAAUUCCGGGUUAUACAGAUUGGGGUGUUACAAGAGGACUUUGACCAUAUGUAAUGUAUUCCCUAUUAAAGGGGCGAGACCCCUCAUUGUAAUGGACGGAAGUUGAGAACGAAUAAACUCCUACUUUGCAUUCUCUCUCUCUAAAAACUUAUAUUAUUCUUCAUUCUCGGUGGUUUAUAACCAUUAGACAUCUUAAAUAGGAUAAUGCUAUUUGUACCCCAAGAAUUUGUACAUCGCAGAGAUGCACCAACAUUUUGUGUUGGUGUAAUGUUAAUUUUUGUUAACGUACCAACACUUUAUGUCAGUGUAGAUUUUUGUUAACGCACUUGUACUUUGUGUCAGUGUGAACCAUCAAAAUAUUAGUGCAUAAUUUGAUGUACAAAUGAGAUACAAAUUUUGGAGUACAUGGAGCAAUUAGCAUGCUCUCUUAAAUAAUCUCAAAUUUUAUGUUUUGGCCAAGAAAAGAAACUUUCAAAUAAUUUGGCUCCUCCCUCCCUCCCCCCUCCUCGCGACAAAAAGGCAACAGUAACGCUUUUGUCUUCUAUCAGAUACACAGCUCACAGCAGAUGUGUGGGUGGGUUGGUAGGUUGGUACAAUCAUUGUGUGCGAGUGUGAGAACGCACCAGACCUCGCCCGCCGGUCCUCCGAUUUCCAUGCCAUUUCUCGCUCUCUAUCUAUAUAAACGUUGCAGAAACCCCCCCGCACUUUCAGAUCCCACGGUUUCAGUAAGCCGAUGCAUCAGAGGGGGAGAGUGAACAACCGCAUAUCCAGGACCUUCUCCAGAUCUCGCCUCGCAAUCCACGGCCGUUAGCGCUUUCUUCUCGCCAUAUACCCCAAUCGAUCGCGCAUCCGUUUUCUCUGCAACCUGCGGAAUUCGUCUCCGGUUCGUGAAAUUCUUCAAUCUCUGAUCUGUAACAAUGGCUGCCCUUCCUCAAGGAGAUGAGCGCGAGAUCCAGAAGAACUACUGGCUGGAGCACUCCUCUGAUCUCACCUUGGAGGCCAUGAUGCUCGACUCUAAGGCUGCGGAUCUCGACAAAGAAGAGAGACCUGAGGUUCUUUCUCUUCUUCCGCCAUAUGAAGGAAAAUCAGUGUUGGAGCUAGGUGCUGGUAUUGGGCGUUUCACUGGUGAAUUAGCCCAAAAAGCAGGGCAACUUAUUGCAUUGGACUUCAUUGAAAGUGCAAUCAAGAAGAAUGAAGCCACCAACGGGCACCAUAAAAAUGUAAAGUUUAUGUGUGCUGAUGUAACCUCUCCUGAGCUGAACUUUGCUGAAGAGUCUCUAGAUCUAAUAUUCUCAAACUGGUUACUGAUGUAUCUUUCUGACAAUGAGGUUGUGAAUCUAGUUGAGAGAAUGGUCAAAUGGUUGAGAGUUGGUGGGUACAUAUAUUUCAGAGAAUCAUGCUUCCAUCAAUCUGGAGAUCACAAGAGAAAGAACAAUCCAACUCAUUAUCGAGAACCUAGAUAUUAUACUAAGGUUUUCAAAGAAUGCCAUUCAAAUGCUGCCAAAGGAAAAUCUUUCGAACUUUCCCUUAUAGGAUGCAAAUGUAUUGGAGCUUAUGUACGGAACAAGAAGAAUCAAAAUCAGAUUUGCUGGACAUGGCAGAAAGUUAGUUCAGAAGAUGACAGGGGAUUUCAGAAGUUCUUGGACAAUGUCCAAUAUAAGUGCAGUGGAAUUUUACGAUAUGAACGUGUCUUCGGAGAAGGCUUUGUGAGCACCGGAGGGCUUGGCACGACUAAAGAAUUUGUCGCCAAAUUGAAUCUCCAGCCUGGCCAAAAAGUCCUAGAUGUUGGAUGUGGCAUUGGUGGAGGUGACUUCUACAUGGCUGAGAACUAUGAUGUUCAUGUUGUUGGCAUUGACCUCUCUAUCAACAUGAUCUCUUUCGCUCUUGAGCGUGCUAUUGGUCUCAAAUGUGCUGUUGAAUUUGAGGUUGCUGAUUGCACAAAGAAAGCAUACCCUGAUGGCACGUUUGAUGUGAUUUACAGCCGUGACACCAUUCUUCACAUUCAUGACAAACCUGCCCUUUUCAAGUCUUUUUAUAGGUGGCUGAAGCCAGGGGGGAUAGUUCUCAUUAGCGAUUACUGCAAAAGAGCUGGAACUCCAUCAGAACAAUUUACUGAAUAUAUUAAGCAAAGAGGAUAUGAUUUACAUGAUGUGGAAGCAUAUGGCCAGAUGCUCAGAGAUGCAGGGUUUAAUGAUGUCAUUGCUGAGGAUCGAACUGAUCAGUUCAUCAAUGUACUUCAGGAGGAGUUGAGAUCUGUGGAGAAGGGAAAGGAAGAAUUCAUAGAAGAGUUCUCUGAAGAGGACUACAAUGAAAUAGUCGGAGGGUGGAAGGCGAAGCUGGUCAGGAGUUCAUCCGGCGAGCAGAGGUGGGGCCUGUUUGUUGCCAGGAAGUGAUGUCAUCAGUGAAAAACAUUGCAUCAUAUGGUCAGUUUGUGUUUGUUUUUUUUAAUUAUUUAUUUUUCCUUGCUCAUUACGACGAACGUAGCCGUAUUCGCCAUAGCUUCUUUAAUUGUUUGACCGUAAUAAGAAUACGGAGUACACAAUUCAUUGUUAAUUGUUAUAUGCAUUGUUUUAAAAGAUGGAAUGUUACAAUAAUAAGUAAUGUGAAUCUUUUGUUGAAUGGUGUAUUCUUCACCACUGCGUUUGGUCUCUACUUUUUGGCCUUCUUUAGGUCGUUGU